GAGAAAGUUCAGAAACUUCAGAAACAGCUCAGUGAUUUAAAAUUGUCAAAUAAAAGUAUGAAAACUCAACUGACAAGAGUAAACGUCCUUAAAGAUAAAACAAUUGAAAAGCUAAAGAAAUCUUUAACAAAAGUUGAAACAAUGAAAGAGAAGGCAGCUAUGAAAACGGAAAACUUGAAAGUGGCAUUAGACUCUUCAGAGCAAGAGGUAAAAUCUGACAAUGAGAGGGCCCAUCAGAUGUCAGAGACUGUCACUCCUGAGCUCCCGACAGCAAAGAGCACCUGUGAAGUAGCAGGGCAAGAACAAAAGCUUGCUGACUUUCGAGAAACUAUUAUGAAGAUGUUGGGAUUUAACAUGACAACAGCAGACAAGGAAAUCAUCAAUCAGCUAAGGAUUAUUAUACAAGUUUAUGAAAUAUCUAAAAAAUCGAAGAUUGUUUCUCAAUGUGAGACUAGAUAGGAUAAGGAAUAAAGAAGUUCUGUCUUUUCAUUGCUGCCAUCAAUAACUAAGCAGAUAUAGAUGUUUCCUCUAGCAUUUGAAUAUACAGCU